AUGUCCUUUGAAAGGGCCAGGAGUACUGACGACGUCGAGGUUCCAACUUCCCCUGCCCGCCAAAAGACUGAGACACCGAAAGAGAACCCACAUGAUGAUCUCGCCAAUCGACAUCCCACCAAGCAAGCUACUUCAAGCACUAGGGAGCCUCUCUUUUCUGUUGUUCUCCGAGAGAUCGCCGCAGAUCGAGCGCGAGCUGCUUCAAGCACUCUCAAUGGUGCCAGUGCCGAGAGAGAGUCCAUUUUUGGUUAUCCUGCCCGAGAGGUCACCGCAGACCAAGUGCGCCUGGCAUUGGAACACGAUACAAACCCGUUCACAAAGCAGCCCCGUACUGCGCAAUACAAAAAGAUCCUUGAAGCCCGCAAAAAACUCCCCGUGUUUACACAUAUGGCCGAGUUCUACGAGAUAUUCAACAAACACCAAAUUAUCAUCAUGGUCGGCGAGACUGGCUCAGGCAAGACCACGCAAAUACCCCAGUUCGUCGCCUACUCAGAUCUUCCUCAUACCACGAACAAGAUUGUGGCAUGCACCCAGACCCGCAGAGUCGCCACCAUGUCUGUGGCGGAGCGUGUCGCGGAUGAGAUGGAUGUCCAACUUGGUAAACAGGUCGGUUACUCGAUACGUUUCGAAGACAUGACUGAGCCCGGCACAACCUUUCUCAAAUACAUGACCGACGGAAUACUCCUCCGCGAAGCCAUGAACGACCCCGAUCUCAACCGCUACUCCACUAUCAUCAUCGACGACGCCCACGAACGCACACUCGCUACUGACAUGCUCAUGGGUGUUCUAAAAACCCUCGCUCGCCGUCGCCCAGACCUCAAGCUCAUCAUCAUGUCCGCCACUCUCAACGCCCUUAAGUUCCAGAAAUACUUCGCUGGUUCGGAUGACGCCCUUGCCCCGCUUUUUAAGGUCCCUGGCCGUACCCACCCCGUCGAGGUGUUCUACACCCAGGAGCCGGAGCCGGACUAUGUCGAGGCUGCCAUCCGCACCGUGCUCACUAUCCAUUGUACAGAUGAACCAGGUGAUAUCUUGGUAUUUCUGACUGGUGAAGAGGAAAUCGAGGACGUGUGCCGUAGCAUCAAGCUCGCUGUGGACGACUUCAUCAAAUUCGACUCCGAGUCCGUAGGCCCUGUCGUGUGCAUCCCGUUGUACUCCUGGCUACCGCCUCAACAACAGCAACGCAUCUUCGAACCGCCGCCCGAAGCAGGCAGUUCAAACGGCCCCCCGGGACGCAAGGUCAUCGUGAGCACGAAUAUCGCGGAGUCGUCGCUGACGAUCGAUGGGAUUGUGUAUGUCGUUGACCCGGGGUUUUCCAAGCAGAAAGUAUACAACCCGCGCAUCCGCGUAGAGAACUUACUCGUCAGCCCGAUAUCUAAGGCGUCGGCACAACAGCGUGCGGGCCGUGCAGGGCGAACGAGGCCAGGCAAAUGCUACAGAUUAUACACGGAGGAGGACUUCAUGUCGGAGCUCGAGGAGGAGACGCGGCCAGAAAUUUUGAGGAGCAAUUUAGCGAGCACGGUGCUAAUACUUGUCAAGGCAGGGAUUAAGGAUCUUGUCAUGUUUGAUUAUUUGGAUGCGCCAGCGCCGGAGUCGUUGAUGAGGGCACUGGAGCUAUUGAAUUAUCUUGCGGCGUUGGAUUAUGAUGGAACCCUCACGUCGCUUGGGAGUCUCAUGGCCCAAUUUCCUCUGGAUCCGCAGCUCUCAAAGAUGCUGAUCGUCAGUCCAGAAUUCAAAUGUAGCAACGAGAUCUUGACGAUCACUGCGAUGUUGUCAGUACCAAAUGUAUGGCUACGGCCGAGUAACAAGCGACAAGAGGCGGAUGCUGCAAAGGCGCUGCUUACCGUCCCCGGUGGCGACCACCUAAUGCUUCUGAACGUGUACAACAAGUACAUUCAAAACCAACACGACAAAACCUGGACAUGGACAAACUACGUCUCCGCUAGUGCGUUGUUGGAAGCAGAAAAGGUGCGCGAGCAGCUGAAAUGGAUGAUGGAGCGGUUUGAGGUGGAGCUCGUAAGCAUGCAAGAUCAGAGGGAGAUGUCUUUGGCAAUACGACAGGCGUUGUGUUGUGGCUAUUUCAUGCAAGUUGCACAUAAGGUGGGAGGGAAGGGGAAUUAUGUGACCUUGAAGGAUGAUCAGGCCGUGAUGCUGCAUCCAUCGUGCAGACUGGAUACACAGCCGGAGUGGGUGAUUUUUAAUGAGUUCGUGCUCACGACCAGACCGUACUUACGGACCGUCACGGAUGUCCGACCAGAAUGGCUCCUCGAGUACGCGCCCUUGUACUUUGAUUUGAAGAAUUGGCCAAAUUCCGACGCAAAGCCGCGCGCUGGUGAAAGCGGUGGAGAGGUUGAGGGGGCAUGCCUUUUCGUUGUCGUUGUCGUUGUCGUUCGCGUUCGUGCCCUUGGCUUUGCUUACUUUCGACCCAGUCUUCGCAUUCGGUCCCUUCUUGGUCUUGCUUUGAUUCUUGCUGGAAUCACCCGUGAACUCCUUCUCGCUAGUCUUCUAACCGUACCUACAACAUGA